AAGUGGAAAUAUCUGUCAAGCUGUACUGUCCUUGCGUAGUUGUGUAUUAUCGAAGACCUUGACCAAUAUAGCCCCUAAACACACGGUAAAGACUAGACACCAAGCUUCAAGUCUGCAGUAGCGUACUGCAUACGUACACUGAUUAAUUAGUGAUCAUCAACUGAGAGAUUCUCACUCACUCUCCAAGUCACAGCCUCACUGAGUACUCAUUAAACAAGCAAUCACCACUCGUAAAGGCUAACGAAAAAUGUCCAAUAAUAAUACUAGUAAUAUUUUAUUACUACUGCUCCUCUUCUUCUUGGGGUCCGGUGCUGAGCUCGAUGACGGCGGCGAGCUCCAAACACUUCUAACCAUCAAGAGAGAUUGGGGUAGCCCUGCUGCACUCAGCUCAUGGAAGUGAGAAACUCCAGUUCUUUCAGUCACUGUAAUUGGGCAGGAAUUGGUUGUAGAAAUGGCCAGGUUACAUCCCUCUCCUUCCACAACUUCCAAAUAGCCAAUCUAAUCCCAGCUUCUAUUUGUAGCCUCAAGAACCUGAAGUACUUAGACCUCUCUUUCAACAAUCUCACCGGUGAGUUCCCUACGGCGCUCUACAGUUGCUCAGCUUUGCAGUUCCUUGACCUGUCCAACAAUGAGUUCACUGGCAAACUUCCGGAACAUGUUGACAAGCUGUCCUUGGGGAUGCAGCACCUCAACCUGUCAAGAAAUUCUUUCAUCGGCGACCUGCCAUCGGCUAUUGGUCGGUUUUCCAAGCUCAAGUCGCUGGUGCUUGACAGUAACAAUUUCAAUGGGACCUAUCAGGGUGCUGCCAUUGGAGGUCUCGUGGAGCUUGAGAUGCUAACAUUGGCAUAUAAUCCGUUCAAGGCUAGUCUAAUUCCAAACGAGUUUGGCAAGCUGACUAAGCUGACAUAUCUGUGGCUAUCAUGGAUGAACCUGAUUGGUAACAUCCCUAAUGUUCUGUCAGCAUUGACAGAGCUCGAGCUAUUGGACAUAUCAAUAAAUAAGUUGGAAGGAAAAAAUCCCAAAGUGGAUAUGGAAGCUUCAGAAGCUCGAGAUGUUGUUCCUCUCCGGAAACAAUUUCAUUGGUGAGAUUGGUUCUGACAUCUCAGCUCUCAAAUUGCAGGAGCUUGAUUUGUCCAUCAACAAGCUCACCGGAUCAAUACCAGAAGAUAUUGUGAACUUGAAGAACUUGAAAAUUCUAUACUUGUACUACAACAACCUCGUUGGACAAAUCCCAAGUGGUGUUGGAAUGCUGCCGAAUCUUACCGACCUUCGGCUAUUCACGUGCCAUGGAGUGUUUCCGGUGAGCCUCGGGGACUGCGACACCAUCCACAUUAUCAAGGCAUCCAACAACCACUUUGUUGGGGACUUCCCAGAGAAAAUAUGGUCGUGUGCGAUGCUUACCAUAGUUAUGAUUGGAGGAAACAACUUCACCGGUACUCUGCCAAGUUAGAUAUCAUCCAACAUCUCGUAGAUUUAGAUAGGAAACAAUAGGUUCUCUGGUGCAAUUCCAACAUCUUCUGCAACUGGACUCCAUAGAUUUUUAGCGAAAAAUAAUUUGUUCUCUGGCAUGCUACCUCCAGACAUGUCCAAGCUCGCCAACCUUGUCAGGCUGGAUCUUUCUAGGAACCAACUAUCUGGAUUGAUUCCAACAUAUUGUUAAACACAAAACCACCUGAGUAUUUUAUAUGUUACUCUGUAUUUUGCAUGUUAGUUCAAGGCCAGAGAGGCAGAGAUGCACACACACAUUCAUAUCAAGCUCCAUCUACUUUAUUCGUCGUAGCCUUGUAGGAGCUAUGGUGUGUGGGCAAUGGUAUUGAGUGGCUAAUGUGCAUCGUGGCCUACGUCUAUGUUUUUUUUCUUUUAAGAAUAAAGGUAAUAAAGACCUAGCUUUUUAUU